AUGAGAAUCGAAACAUGCCACCUCUGUUCGCGGCCGAUCUACCCCUCCAAAGGCAUCACCUUCGUGCGCAACGAUGCGCGCACCUUCCGCUUCUGCCGCUCCAAAUGCCACAAGAACUUCAAGAUGAAGCGCCAACCCCGCAAGCUCAAGUGGACCAAGACCCACCGCGCCCUUCGCGGCAAGGAAAUGAUUGUCGACCAAAACGUCCUGCUGAGCCAGUUUGCGAAGAGGCGCAACGUACCCGUGAAGUAUGAUCGGAAUCUGGUGGCGGCGACGCUCAAGGCGAUGGAGAGGGUGGAGGAGAUUCGCGCGAAGAGGGAGAGAGCGUUCACGAGGAAGAGGUUGUCGGGCAAGAUGGCGAGGGAGAGGAGGAGGGCGGAGGAUAGGAGGGUGGUGGCUGAGGGGGAGCAUUUGAUUGCGAAGGAGUUGAUGGAUCGAGAGGCGGAGAGGCCGUUGGUGGAAUCCGUACAGGAGGAGAGAAGUGUGAGCAUAGUGGUGGGAGAGGAGAGGGUGAGGACGAAGACGAAGACGAUAACGAAGACAAAGAUGAAGAUGCUUGUCAAUGGUGGAGUGGAAGAGGAGAUGGAUCUGGACUGA